GAGGAGGAGGAGAAGGAGGAGAAGAAGAAGAAGAAGAAGACGGUAACGAUAGGUAAAAUGGUUCACACAUGUGUGGUAUUAGGAUGCAAAAACUCUUCUCACACUGACGCAUCUGUACACAAAUGGCCAAAAGAUGUCAUUUUGGCCAAGAAAUGGGAAGAUUUUGUAAAGAUGAAAAGGGUGAACUGGAAAGGUGGGUCGAUGCACACCGUGGUGUGCAGUGCUCAUUUCAAGGCGGAGGACUACUGCAACUAUGGUCAGUGGAAAGCCGGGCUGGUAAGCCGACUUAAGUUGAAGGCGGGUGCUUUUCCGACAAUAUGGGCGCCAAAUGAAGAAACUGUCGAAAUGGGAAGUUCAAGAGAACUACUGCAUAGGGAGCGGCACUUCUGCACACCUUUGAGCAGCAGUAUGAUGCAGGCAGGAGUCUGUCUGAGACAGGACACUGAGACAACACUACCAGAGCUCACUGACCAGCACAGGACCAGACAGAAAGAAGAGGAACUCAGUGGACUGGAGUCUGUCCACAUGGCAGAGUCAGAGACAGAGUGUGCUGCACCAGGACUCAACACACUGGAGCCAGAGUGUGUUACAGCACACAGCGGGGUCAGUGAUGUACAUCACACACACACACCACUGAUUAAAACAGAAACUGAUCUGGGCUCCACCUACUCUGGGGAUCUUAUUAAGACAGAGAGCCUCGACCAUACAGAGCUGGGGUAUGUAACCUAUCUGCAUCCUGACCAAAUCAAAACCGAGACUGAUGAUGAAGGAUACCCGGAGGCUGAACACAUCAGUGACUUGAACAUUAGGUUUGUUGAUAUGAAAUCUGAUCAAUUGAAGUGCGAAUCCAGUGAAAGUUUAGUGAGUGAUCUGAUGAAUACUGUGAUGAAUGGAGCUGGUGUUGGUCACACUAACUGGACUGAUCGGCAAUGGCAAUGUGGAGGAGAGCCAAGUCCAAACUGUAAAAAUGAAGAAACUCAUGACCUGCUGACCCAAUAUGGGGACUUAAAUCAUCACUGUGACGAAAAUAAUGUAACCAGAAUUGUCCAGAAAAGUACAAAUAGUAGCAACGAACAUGUCAAUAAUCAGAGAAAUAAUAUGAUAAUUGAACACAGAAUCAAUUCAAGUAACAAUGCAAGCCUUUUGAAUUUCUUUAAAAAAAAGACAGUUCCUACAAAUGAAGGUGAAAUGCAAACAGGUGAAAAGCCGUACAAGUGUACACAGUGUGAGAAGUGUUUUCGAACAAAAUCUGAUUUCAGUACACACCUGAGAAUUCAUACAGGUGAAAAGCCCUAUAAGUGUACACAGUGUGAGAAGUGCUUUAAUGCAAAGUCUUCUUUAAAUACACAUGUGAGAAUUCAUACGGGUGAAAAGCCUUACAAGUGUUCUGAGUGUGGGAAGUGCUUUGCCAAGAAAUCUCAUUUAAAUAUCCACCAGAGAAUUCAUACAGGUGAAAAGCCCUACACAUGUACUCAGUGUGGGAAAGGCUUUUCCACAAUAUUUCAUUUAAAUACACACCUGAAAAUACAUACAGGUGAAAAGCCUUACAAGUGUACGCAGUGUGAAAAGUGUUUUAAUGCAAAAUCUUCAUUAAAUACACACCUGAGAAUUCAUACAGGCGAAAAGCCCUACAAAUGUUCUCAGUGUGGGAAAUGCUUUGCCAAAAAAUCUCAUUUAAAUAUCCACCAUAGAAUUCACACGGGUGAAAAGCCCUACAAAUGUACUCAGUGUGGGAAGGGCUUUUCCACAACAUUUCACUUAAAUACACACAUGAGAAUUCAUACAGGUGAAAAACCUUAUAAGUGUUCACAGUGUGAGAAGUGUUUUACUGCAAAAUCUUCUUUAAAUGCACAUCUGAGAAUUCAUACAGGUGAAAAGCCUUUCAGGUGUACACAGUGUGGGAAGUGCUUCUCCACAAUAUCUCCUUUAAAUAUCCACCAGAAAGUUCAUACAGGAGAAAAAUUGUACAAGUGUGUACAGUGUGAGAAGUGUUUUUAUACAAAAUCAAGUUUAGAUAUACAUCUUAGAAUCCAUACAGGUGAAAAGCCUUACAAGUGUAUACAGUGUGAGAAGUGUUUUAAUGCAAAAUCUUCUUUACAAACACACCUGAGAAUUCAUACAGGUGAAAAGCCUUUCAAGUGUGCACAGUGUGGGAAGUGCUUUUCCACAGUAUCUCCUUUAAAUAUCCACCAGAAAAAAAUUCAUACAGGUGAAAAGCCUCAUAAGUGUACACAGUGUGAGAAAUGUUUUUAUACUAAAUAUAGUUUAGACCUACACCUGAGAAUUCAUACAGGUGAAAAGCCCUAUAAAUGUACUCAUUGUGGGAAGUGCUUUGCUCAAAUGUCUAAUUUAAGUAGCCACCUGAGAAUUCAUUCAAGUGAACAGCCCAAAACAUGCUCUUAGUGUGGUAAGUGCAUUUCCACAAUAUCUCAUUUAAAUAUCCACCAGAGAAUUCAUACGCAUUCAUACUACAAAUGUAUUUAUUGUGGGGUGUGUUUUUUUCCCCCAAGUUUUUAAUUAGCCCUAUGAGAAUUCACUUGGGUAAAAAGCCUGACAAAUGUUUUCUGUAAGGAAAGUGCUUGUCCCAAACGAGUGGAUUAAAUUUACACAAGAUGCUUCACACUGAUGUAGCCCCCUACAUGUUUACAGUGUGGGAUGUGUUUUUAUAGAAAAUAUAAUUGACAUGCCACCAGAGUGUUCACACAGCUAAAAAGCCGUACAAAUGUUUUCAGUAUGGGAAGUGCUUUUUGGCCAAAGUCAUUUAAAUGAAAGCCACCUGAAAAUGUAUACAAGUCUUUUAAACAUAUUCAUCAUUUAACCUUUUCAUGGCCAAAAGACAACUCCUACAAGUUAAGAGUCUGACAAAUGUACUCGUUGUGGGAAGUGUUUAAUGAAAGCAUCCUUUAAUUAUGUCAUUUGUGUAGGAAGUCUCCUUGAUUGCCAUCAAAUUGAAAAGAAUAAACUGACAAUUCAACCAA